AUGGAUGCAAUCAACAGCAGUGCCAAAGAGUUUGAGGUAUUCGCUCUUCAGCCAGCUCUCGGGCAGAAUAUCCAGCUCGGGAUGCUGUACGACGUUCGCAGCCAGCAGUUCUUUAGCGGCAUUUCGCUUUGGAAAGACUCGGAAGUGAAUGCCACACAGGCUGUCGACGACAAGAAGGUCCAAAGCGCCGAUUAUCGGUUCACAUACUCGCUCGACGAGGCCCGAAACGACAACUCGCUCAGUAUUGAGGGAUCGUUGGCUCUGGAUCUCAAAGCUUUCAGCGCCGAAGGAUCAGCAAAGUAUCUGAGCGAGAAGAAGUCCAGCAAGCACGAGGCACGACUCAAUGUGUCUUGCACCAUUGAGCGCAGAACACGCCGCAUUCCCAUGGAGGUUCUUUCCAAGAUGACGUACGAGAAGCAGCUCGAUAGUCCUUUCUACACCCACUUUGUCUCCGAAGUGGUUGAGGGCGCGAGCGCAACGCUCACCUUUGCUCGUUCCUGCUCGUCGGAAGAAGAAGCCAAAGAGAUUACAGGCAAGCUCAAGAUCAAGGUCGUCUCGAUCCCCGUCAGCGGAAGUGCCAAAGUCGAGUUCAAGGAGGGGUCCGAGAAGCUCAUGGAAAACGUCAAGAUUUCGUACAGCGGCGCCAUGGCGGAGAAUGUCGCCAGCCUCGAAGACGCCCAACGAGUUGCCAAGGAGAUGCCCUCAAAGCUCAUGACGCAGAUGAAUACGCUCAAGUACAAGCUGCUGCCGCUCUCCCUCCUCGACAGCAAGGCGAACAAGCUAAUCCGCAGCAUCGAUACCGGCCUCAUCACCAAGACUGCUGAAGCUCUCAAUGCAGGAAACGAGGCUACGUUGUCGCUGAAGGAGAUUGCAGCGGAUGAAGUGUUCCAGAAGACCUUCCCCUCCAUCCGAAAGCAGAUCUCAAACUUCCAUAACGAAUUUGCGGCGGCUGAGACCAACUUCACGUCGCAAGUUCGACAGUUGUUGCCAGAGCUGCGGGAUGGCAACACGGAUGCUAAUAAGAAGAUUGCCGAGCUGGAGAGGGUCGUUGGCCUUCAUUCACGGCGCACUGAGAUUGCCCAGCAAUUCGUCACCGCCAAACAAGAUGAAGCCCGCAUUCUUCGCGAGACAGUUGCUGCCUUGUUGGCCGACAAGUUCGAGGAUCAUCUGGGAGGACUCAAGAGCGGAAGCCUGGUCGACGCUGCGCCCCCCCGCCUGUUGCUGUCCAUUGGAGGCGGUGCCAUUGGUGUACCCACGCAUCCGCUCCAGACAAGUCUCGCGUCGGCUUCUCUCGAUAACCUGGACUCCGGCGACGAUGCCGAUCUCCCGGUCGAGGAAUGGUUCGAGAACUCACAAACGCGAGCCAACCUGGCAAAAUCGUGCAAUGACAUACGCGAACAGCGCAAGAUGGCGAUCCCCGGUGUCGAUGUUUCUUUUGGGGUUGCGAGCAUCGCCGUAGCGACGCGCGGUGGCAAGAAGGCAAAGACCAACAUUGGUGACGUGAUCCUGCAGAAGGACGGCGUCCUCUCAAUAGUCACAGGCAUGCUCCCCAAGGCGCCAUCUCGGCCGACACUCACCGUCAAAGAUCAGACGCUGACUGUGAAGUGGUCUUCAAACCGUGCGGCGGAAGAAGAGACUGCGAUCCCGACAACUGGCUUUGCUCUUCGGUAUCGCCGGGUUCUUAAUUCCAAGAGAGACGGCCCGUUCCCUCGGGCUGGGAAGAACGAGUUGUUCCGAGACGUCAGAUGCCCUGCGACCGACGACACAAUCGAACUCGAGGACCUGUCCGACGAUUGCGACUACCAAGUCGAGCUGAGCGUGCAGACCUGCGUGGGCUCAUCGCCUUGGAGCCCCAAGGCUGUCGAGCGCACCCAGAGACACAUGACUGAACCCGGCAACAUGCUUGAUUUCUUCUUCAGCAAUAAGGCCAAGCUCACUGCUACGCCGACUUCGAACAGCAGCAAGCCGUGGGAUUUUGACAAAGACAGGAAUGCGCUUUUCCUCGGCUACACGGAAUGCCUCGAGCGGAAGACCAACGUCAAGGGUUUCCAAGACGAGGUUGCAGUGCGCAUAGUCGAUGUCGCCACCGAGUACAAGCCAGAGAUCCAGUUUCCGGCGCUCGAAAAAAUCAACGAAACCAUUGUCGCCGUCUUCAUCGGCCCUAGCGGAGCUGGCAAGAGCACGCAAAUCAAUGCAUUUGUGUCCUACCUCCUCGGCGGUGGGGUGGACGACCCAGCUCGCGUUCUUCUCAUCGACGAUCGCAAAUUCAAACAGUCCGCAUCGGUUACGCAGCUGGUCACUUGCUUCCGCAUCCGACCGUUUGCGCCUGUCUUUGAAAACAAGACGCUGAUGAUUGUCGACACGCCUGGCUACGGAGGCUCCCGAGGUGUUGAGGGCGAUGCCUUCGUCACCGCAGCCAUGUCCGAGUUCUUUGGCACGGUCAGUCAUGUCAACAGCGUCAUCUUUGUCUGCAAGGCCAACGAGAUGCGCACAACGAUCCUCAGCCCUGUCACCACCUAUGUCUUCUCUCUGUUCGCAAAAGACGUCCGCAAAUGCCUCCGCACGCUAUACACCUUCAGCGAUGACGGCAAGGUCCCUGCUCACGACACCCUCGAAGAACUUCAGUGGCCGGUCGAGAACGGCGAGGUUCAAGUCAACAACUCAGCUUUCGGGCUCGAUCUACAAGGUCGCGAGGUUGACAGGAAUAUCAGAAGCCAGUGGAUCGACUCAAUCAAGGGACAGUUCCGGUUGCAGGAAAUGCUCCUCAAGAUGACACCUGUGCCAACAGCAGGCAGCGCCGAGGUGACCAAGAAGCGAAUGCAGCUUGAAGAGAAAUGCCAGCUUGCCGAGGGCAAGAUCAUGAAGACUGCCAAUGAUGCGCAGUUGAUCAUUGCCCAGCUGAAAAGCCUCGCCCUCACCAUCGAAGCCGCACCCAACCAGCAGAUCGCCCACAAGUACAUCGAGACGUCCACGAGAGAUAUCCCGUCGGGGAAGCACGCCACUCUCUGUACGAUUUGCAACUACACCUGCCACGAACUCUGCGACUGCUCGAACGAUGACAACACAUACUAUUGUGCGUCCAUGAACAACGGAGAAUGUACCAUGUGUCCGAACAAAUGCAACCGGACCAAGCAUCACAAGGCCAAAUUCAUCAUCUUCGCUGAGGCGAAGACCAGGUACAUCACGCCGCAGGAGCUGAUCGACAAGUGGAACGAGGCCAACAACAUGCAGGAGGGCGCCCUGAUCGGGCUCCUGGACAGGUACCUGAGCGCGCAGGCGAUUCUGCGCCAGGACAUGCUCAACCUGGCCGACCUCAACGACCGGCUGAAGGCGACGGCGCUCAUGCACGACCCCAGCGGCCUCAUGAACUACGUGGACCUGCUAAUCAUAUCAGCCAAGGCGGGCGUCAAGGAGGGCAGCGCCAACGAGACGCUGAUCACGCAGCUGACGACGGCGCGCAAGACGCUGCAGCUGCUCAACGAGCUCAAGAGGAAGGACAGGCAGAUCGGCGGCGACCUCGUCAUCCUGGUGGACGUACUGGAUCUCGUGCGUGGGGAAAUGAUGCGCAGGAUGGCGCUGAGCGCGAACGACCGAGUGGCCGAGGAGAAAAAGCCGUGUUCGCUGUAUAAUGACUUGCUCCUGAAGCUGCCGCUGGAUCUGAUGAAGAAGGCUCCGCCGCCGCUGAGGACGCAGAGCAUGAUGAGUAAGGGAGCGCUGUACGAGGAGAAUCUGAAGGCGGUGGUGAGCUUGGUGGAGCUUGUGCUCAAGGAUGGCGGCGUUGUUGCCGCGCUUGUGGCCACUCCGGCAUCGUAGUGGUUGUACACGUAGCAAUCGCGUGGGCUUCUUU